AUUGACACCAUAGGUAAUCUCGCGCUAUGUCGUGGCACACAGCUGGGAGCGCCAGCGAGCGCGAGCGAACGCCUCAAACCGGCUUUAAAUAAACGCAUGCAGUGCUGCAGACUGGUAUUCGCCUUUUAGGUCUCUUGCAGAGCAGAAGUGAAUUUGAAUUUAGCGCAACUAAGUGAUUUAUUUUGCGAAAAUUUACGAGAAAUAAGGAGAAUUUUACAAGUAUUUUUCUGAAAUAAAUUUGAGAUUUAUCAAGGAAAAUAUAAAAUUUAAUUUCAAAUAGAUUUUUUGGGGUUAAACAAAGUAUUUGUACCAAAUUUCAACUAACCCACUGCAAACCAAACACAACCAAAGUGCAUUUUAGUGUGUCUAGAGUUUUUUGUCAUACAAAAACAAAAAUAAAUACUAGCGAAUUAGAAAUCAUACUUUGGCUAAUAGUUAGCUAAAACCAAUAGGCGCCAGAAAAAGUGCGUGAGACACGCAACGAACUGCAAUUUGUACAAAAAAAAACAACACAAAAUCAAGUGAAAAUUUUGUAGAAAAUUUUUUUAAUUGCAAAACAUAAAAAACAAGUAGUGAAAGUCACAAAAGCUAAAAGCUUGCACUGAAAACACACAACAAAGCAAAUUAGCGAGCAUUUGAAAAGCAAAAUUUGUUUUUGUGCACAAUUUGCAUUCUACGUGCAUUUGACGAGCCAAAUCGUUACAUUGGGUGCAGCAAAUUGUUGUUUACGCUUAGCCAAUCACACGGCAGUCAGCACUGACCACAGAAUCGGUUCCAUAUUCGCCAACAAGCAAACGCAUCAAGGUGCCCGGAACGGUGACAGCGACAGCAGCAGCCAAGCAGCGGACGACAAUAAAAGCCUUAAAAUGACAAGUGCAACAGCAACAAAUAUAAAUCGCUCGCACAGUUUUGUGAACGCGCUCAAGUGGUGGCCACUGCAGGGUCACAACCAGCAGUCCAAUCAUGCAGCGCAUGGUGGUGGCGGUGGUGUGGGCGCGGGUGGCGGCGGUGGUGGCUGUGUCAGCGCUGGCCCCAGCACCGCCAGUGGCUUGAGUCUGUUGGGGCAUUUACACAGCAAGACGGCGACUUUCGGCAGCUCAGUGGCAGUGCAAAAGCUGCGCGAAUCCAAGUGGUUCAAACGUGAUGAGCAGCGCAUUUUCUGUGCCGUUGUCGAGUGCGGCUUCAUCGUGGAGUUGCGCAGCAAUACGAAAACCACCACCAACCACAAUAAGCGUACGAUGCGUAGCAAUAGCAGCGGCAGCGGUGGCAGCGGCGUUGAUGAGUACGAAUUGGAUCUCAAUAAUGACGAGGAGGAUGAGGAGGAGGAGACGCUGCAGUUGGCAAUGCGGGCGCAGGAUGAAAACGAAACACCGAUGACGUCAUGGUUCGGCAUUGUCCUGUGCAAAACGGCUAAAGACAAUAAACCCAAACCUGAGACGAUUGAAAUCUACACUGUGAAAAUACGUGAAAGCGGUACAUUCAAAAUGCUCAAACUCACGCUGGAGGAUAUCUGGAAUCAAGGCUGGGAAUUGCGCAUCAAUAAUUUCGCCGACAAGGAGAAAUCAGCACACAAUGAAAAGGACAUACGCAAUCAGGUGUCCUUUGCGCGCAAGGCCAAACAUAGUCUCUGGAAUAAUAACAAGCAUUUUGUGUACUGGUGUCGGUACGGCAGCCGCCAGCAGGACGUGCGAAAGCGACAGAUGUCCGAGUGCGUGAAGUGGGGCAGCGUUGGCAUGAAUGCCGGCAUGAUAUUGCUCAUGAACAAACAGAAAUCCUACUCCACCUCCAAGUGAACAUACACACAUACACAGAACUUUUAGCGGCGUAGAAGAUUUCAGCAAAUCCAGUGAGGAUUCACGAUCUAUCGAUCAAUCAAAGGAGAGAGAUAAAGAACGAAAUACUGUACUGAAGUUAGGCAAAACAAAACAAAACAAAAAAAAAAAAACACAAACCAAUUGUAAGCACAUGUCCAGCUGCUUAUUUCAUAAUUGAUUUCCAAUAAGCGACUUACAAAAUUAUUUACUUUAAAAUGUUAUUGAUAAAAAGCGUAGUUCAUAAAUAUUGUAUUAUUAUUGUUUAAAAUGCACAGAUUGGCAUGUAAACUUGUUAAACCAAAUGAAAUGCGCUGCUCAAAUCACAGAAACUUGUUUUUGCAAAAAUUUGUUACAAAUGUUAGUGCGCAGGCGCCGCUUAAACGUGAAAUAUAUUAAAAAAAAAAAAAACUUACAUAGAAAAAGCAAAAAAGAAAACAAGUAUUAUGUAUGAAAAACGCAAACGAAAUUGUAAAAAAUUUAAAAACGCAUUAAUUUACUAAAAAAAAAAUGUACUUCAGCGACAGACAUUUCGCAUAACUAGUAACGAGUUAUAUAAAUUGCAACUUGCUAAGCAACCAAAGUAUUACUAAAGGAGCGGUUGGCAACUUUAACAUGUUUUUGUAAACAAUUUUUCGUUAUUAUUAUUUUAUUAUAAAUAAUUUUUAUAUAAUAUAUAAUUUUUAUGAUUUCUCAUUAAGUGACGUAAGUUAAGUUGCGCGCCAAUUCUGACAUACAAACACACACAUACACACUUGUGUACAUGCGUAUAACUCGCCGUUAGGAGCACGUUCUUCCUCUCGCUGAUUAUGAUGAUUGAUUGCAGUGAACGGAUCAGUAACCAAGCCCCAGAAGCCUCCCCCCUCCAACAUAAUACAAAGAACAUUCACACAUGCACACAUGCAUACACAUACAUACAUACGGGUAUGCAUAAUGUGUUAGUACUCAGAAGCAAAACAAAUAUCAAUCAAUAAUAUGGAACUAUUGUAACAACAAAAACAUUCAUGACCUUAAAGUUGUUAAGUUGUUGUAUUGUAGCUUUACUUAUUGUACAACAAACUAUUACUUAAGGAUACAUAUACACACAUACAUAAAACAUUUAUAUAAGUACAAUACAAUAUAUACAUACAAUAUAUAUAGUUACAUACAUAUAUGUAUAUGUAUAUAUAGGCAUUGUGCGCUCAUCUCUGCCACGACGAGUAUUGUAUUACAGUACCCGUUACUGACACACUGUGAAUUUCUAAUAUGAAAAAAGACUUGAUUUCUAUUUAUAUAAGAUUUAAGAUUUAUGUACCCAAAAAAUGAAACUGUAAAACUUUAGCAUUGCAUGCAUAUGCGUAUUGCCUAAUAUAGCGCUAAAUAAACUUUAAAAGUUUAUCCUUAUUCGUUUUCGCUGUGGUCUAUUGUGUAUAUGCAAUUAUUAUAUAAAUUUCGUUUAUUUAUCUAUGUACUGCAAGUAUAUAUGUAUUUGAUAUUUAUUAUCUAAGUGAAGCUGCAAAACUUAUGAUUAUUAUUAUUGUUUUUAUCGCUGAGAGAAGCGUUAGCGUGUAAACUAAGUUUUUGCAUAUGCUGAAUGCAUACGGAUAAAUCUUACAACAAUGCUAGUGGAAAUUGAUGUGAUCUGUUUUGUUUAUUAUAAAACAUAAAAACUUUAAAUUAUAUAAUUUUUAAGAAGUUAUCAAUAAGCGAACACAAACACUUUACAUAUGUACAUAUGUAUGUAUAUGGUGAAUAUCAUGAAAAUAUUCAAUAAUAUUGCUGGCGAAUUCAGUGAAUCGCAGUAUUUACAUAAAUUAAAUUUAAUAGAAAUGAUAUGUAAAAAUAUCGUAUUGUAUUUAGAAAUUAGCACAUAAGGGUUAAAGCGAUAAGCCGCUCUGAUAUAUAUGAAAAGCUUAUGAUAUUGAAUUAAAAAAACGUUUUUUUUUUGCAUCGAAAUUUGAAUAAAGGUUCGUUUUUUGACAACAAAA